AUACAGGGGCGGGGCGAGGGACCAAGCGGCCGCUCCUGGCCGGAGGGCGGCCGGGUCGGUGACGUCACCGCAUGACUGGGUUUUUAUGAAUGAAAGGAAUCCUGUGAGUGAGUAAUUCCGGGAAGCUCGCCUUACAACUCCGCGCGGCCUCGGCCCCCUGCGCCGCCCGCCCCACAACAAAACUCAGCGCAGCGCUCCCGGACGCCCGGUUCAGAGCGACCUGCGGCUCAGAGCGGAGGGGAGACUGACCAGAGCGCGGAUCGGGACAGCGGCCGGGACAGCGGCGAGACGCGCGUGUGUGAGCGCGCCGGACCAAGCGGGCCCAGAAGCGGAAGACGUCAUGAACCUGCAGACCCUGGAGGUCAGCUCUGCUGCCUUCCAAGGGAAGAAGCCAGGGAGAGGUGGUGGUGGCCGACAGAAGACAGAGGACCCCUGGGUUCCAGUCCGCCACGGCUACCAAACAGUGGCUUGGUUGCCUCAGGUCUGCAGCCCAGAGGGCACCUUCUGCAAACAUGUCUGUGGAUCCCCUAUCCAGCAAAGCUCUAAAGAUCAAGCGAGAGCUGAGCGAGAACACGCCGCACCUGUCGGACGAGGCGCUGAUGGGGCUGUCGGUGCGCGAGCUGAACCGGCAUCUGCGCGGGCUCUCCGCCGAGGAGGUGACACGGCUCAAGCAGCGGCGCCGCACACUUAAAAACCGUGGCUACGCCGCCAGCUGCCGCGUGAAGCGCGUGUGCCAGAAGGAGGAGCUGCAGAAGCAGAAGUCGGAGCUGGAGCGCGAGGUGGACAAGCUGGCGCGCGAGAACGCCGCCAUGCGCCUGGAGCUCGACGCACUGCGCGGCAAGUGCGAGGCGCUGCAGGGUUUCGCGCGCUCCGUGGCCGCCGCCCGCGGGCCCGCCACGCUCGUGGCGCCGGCCAGCGUCAUCACCAUCGUCAAGUCCACCCCGGGCUCGGGGUCUGGCCCCGCCCCCGGCCCGGACCCCGCCCACGGCCCGGCCUCCUGCUCCUAGUGCCCGCCCCCGCCAUGCCUCAGCCACGCCCCUCCGGCCUCAGCUCCCUCCCCAAAGUGCCUGAGCGCCGCCUCUGUGCCCAGGUCCCAUUUCUCUGCAGCACUGGCCCCUUGGUGCACACACAUUCCCUUCGUGGGCCCUGUCUUCCUCUUACAGCCCCCAAAACUGGGACCGAAUGACCCUGGGAAGGGGAACUUGGGUAGGUUGGGGAUGGGGCAGAGGUCUGGAUCUGGGAUCGCCCUUGGCUGAAAGUUCAGCCUUUUUAGAUUGAGAGAUACAGAGCCGGCUUAGAGAACAGCUGUUGGGGGAGAAGAGGGCACCCCUCAUCUUGGAAACUGCUCUUAUUGUGCCAAUAUGCCCUCCAAACCCUCCCAGGAUUCAAAGCUAGGUUUGGCUGUCUGUGACUUACGGGGCCAUCCUGCUGAGAAAUUGCACUGAAGAGAUGCCCCCACCUCUGGUUGGGCCUGGGGGUGCCUGGCCUUCCAAAACUAAAAGAGUGGGUGGGAAGACUAGUGAAACCCAGUUCACAGAUGGGGAAACAGGCCUGAGGUCACAUUUCACUUAGUGGUUGUGUUGGGACCAAAACCUGGGUUUCCUCACUGCUGCCCUAAGAUUCCAGCCAUGGUUUUCAGGGGGACAGUGGACAGGGACUCAGAAAUGUGGUGGGAGGGCCUCCCUGGCUUGGGAGACCGCUCUCUGCAAGGGAGGGGGAGAGAAGCAGAGGGAGAGAGAAGGUGACACGGAUGGAAGAGUGGGAAGGAGCUGGCCUGGCUCAGCCCUAGGCUGUCCCUGCAGCCAGGGUGUCCGGGGGCUGGCCAGUCAGAGAAAGGGGGCCAUGGACUGCUGUGGCAAAUAGGGAGACAAGGAGACAGACCCUGCAGUCCUACUACAGUCUGGAGUGGGGUCCUAAGAAGAAGGGUCCCACCUCAACCCCUGUUGGUGUCCACUGUGGGGUGGGGGCUGACCCCUGCCUUUGAUUGUCAUUCUCCUGGGAAGCCCAGUCUCAGUCCCUCCCCCAACACUGUCCACAUUGCCCCUCCCCACUGUUUAUUUAUUGCACGGAUCUAAGUUAUUCUCCCCAGCCAGAGCCCGAGCUCCUGCUCCCUGGGAAAAGUGGCGUAUGGCCCUGAGCUGGGCUUUAUAUUUUAUAUCUGCAAAUAAAUCACAUUUUAUCUUAUAUUUAGGGAAAGCCGGAGAGCAACAACAAAAAAUGUUUAAGCCGGGCGCGGUGGCUCACAUCUGUAAUCCCAGCACUUUGGGAGUCCAAGGAGGGGGAUCGCUUGAGUCCAGGAGUUUGAGACCAGCCUGGACAACAUGGUGAAACCCUGUCUCUACAAAAAAUACAAAAAUUAGCCAUGCGUGGUGGCUCAUGCCUGUAGUCCCAGCUACUUGGGAGGCUGAGGCAGGAGGAUCACUUAAGCCCAGAAGGCAGAGGUUGUAGUGAGCUGAGAUCGCACCACUGCACUCCAGCCUGGGCAACAUAGCAAAAUCCUGUCUCAAAAAAAAGUUAAAAAAUAUUGCCCGGCUCCUAGAAUUUAUUUAUUUCCUGACUUACAGCAAGCGAGUUAUCGUCUUCUGUAUUUUGUAGACUUUCUAAAUAAAGUCAAAUUCUUUUUUUCCACAGAGAAUAAA